AUGAGCUCAAGACCCAAGAGCGGCAACAUCACCCCCGAGUCUCUCUGGACAUGGACGGCCACCCCGAACGGCAAGCCCAAGAGGAAGAGGAGAGGCGAUAAGCGUUUCCCCGUCGCCGAGUUCCUCCAAGACAAGCACCAACAGCUCCAGGAGCUGGUCUCGGGUCCUGGGGCCGGCUUCGGAGUCGGGUGCGGAGCCGGACUGGGCCUCGGCCUGGUCGGCGGUCUCGGCUUCGACGGCUCGCCGUGGAGCCACCUCAAGCUGGUGUUCGGGGUCGGCGUGGGCUGUGGCGUCGGGGCCGGCUUCGGGUACGGGCAAGGGUUCGGAUACGGGGCUAGCUUGGAUUCCUUGUCCAGAGACUCCAAACGGAGCUCAAAGUCCGAGAGGAGGAUUAUCAAUUUGUAG